AUGUGUCUCAAAUAUUUUGUCAGACACACAACGUGUGAGCACCAUGAGUACCUUGGCAGCUGUCAUUGCUCACACACGCCAUGCCAUCUCGACAGACAGCAAUUUUACUACAUCUACGACACCUUCUCACUUCCUUUGUCUCCAGAGAGCUCCGCAUCCGAUUUGGUGUCUGACACCGGCGCUCUCGCAUGCAACACGUGCGCCACGCAGCAAAACGUCCAGCUCGACCCAGAUGAAGUGCCUGUACAGUACUAUGUACCCACAAACAAACUCCACAUCGAGGAAGUGAGGCCUACGGGAUACGCUCUGCUCACUCGAUCGGGUGAAGUCGAGCCCGUGAAGGUAGAUGACAACGAUUGUGACUGCGACUAUGACUGCGACUACAAGAGCUUGAGUGCCGCGGAUGACGAGGAAUGGGAUGUCAAGGACGAACAGAUUCAUGACGACAUCAAUAACAGCGUGGGUUACGAUGCGCAGGAGCAGCGUGCUUUUGAACAAGAGCAAGUCGCGAGGCAGCUGAGCAGCCUUCCGAACCACCUUGCGCAGCAGCGGCAGCAAUGGUCGUUUGUACCACCUGGACUGUCUCGAGACGUGUACACAAUGGGGAGCUACGGGUACUAUCCAAUACCACACAUGGCGUAUCUGACAGCUCCAUCGGUCCUGCCAGUACCGAACGGGCGCGGAGAAGUGACAGGCACAUCUACUGCAUACAGUGCAGCACUUCCAACUCGUCCAACUAAGCCUCCUUCGGCGCCGAUGCUACCGCCAACGGUAGGGGAUUCAGCCAAGCCGACGACAUCAACAUCCCCGACAAUACCAGCAAAGUGUCUCACGGGAUCUCGACGUCCACCGACACCACCGUCCAUUGUGGGAUGUGUUACAGACGCAUACCCGAGGAUCGAGGCGGCCAAGAAUAGACACAUGCGUGAGCGGGCACGACGCACUAGAUCUUCACAGCAAGACGAGCUGCCGGCCAAGAGGGAGACACUGCUGGCUGGUAGAGACACUCUGCCAGAUAGGAGCAUGUCGCUUGCAGACUGCGUAGUGACGAAAAGGAAGAAGAGGGUCGGUCAGAAGGAGCAAUACAGAAGUGACAACAUGGGCGAGGUCAAUGUUGAUGCGUGGUCCAGUUUGUCUAUUGUGGGCAAGGAGCCGGACACCGAUGGCGGCGCGGAGGAGUAUACAGGGGUCGUGGAGACGGGGGAAGCCAUUGAUGUACCCUCGCGCAGAUUGGCUGUGUCCAUGUAG